UAAUCUAUAGGAUAUAUUAAUCGACAGAUAGCCCACAACUUACGGGCCUUUAAGGCUAUUGUUUGGGCUCUUUUGAUGUUGUUUUAUCUUAACGUGGAAGGGAGUAGUGCAGAGUGCACGAGAACGUACGUGAGUCUUGCCGCAUGCAAUUAAAACUCGCUAUAUCUGUAAAUGUAAUAAACCCGUUUCUGCGUAUUGGGCGACCUCUGCUUUGCUCACAGUAAAAUCCCUAAUCCUCUCCGAUUCUGUCGCGUUUCGCGCCUUUCUGCUUCUCUCGUAAUGGCCUGGUAUCCUCGUGGUGGAGCACCUUACUCGUGUGUCUCGUGGUUUUACCUUUGUUACAAUGGAAACCCUUGAAGACGCAGACCGAUGCAUUAAGUAGCUCGACCAGUACAGUUGAAAGGUUUGGGCAGCAAUCAAAGAUGAUGAGUUCAUUCUUGCCAGCAUAAGUGAAACACGGCUUGAUCAAUGGCCAACUUAAACAGGAUUUCCAAAUGAUCUGGUGCAACUAUAUUGCCCAACAUCUAUACAACCUCGGCAUCCAUAUUCAACUCUCAACUAAGGAACGGGCAUUAUCAACAACUUGUAGUCAGGGCUUUUAUGUUCUGGUCUUGGCAGCCUGAAAUUGCCUCCAUCGUCAUUGGUUCUCUCGUCUUCCAGAGGGUCGGAUACUACCAUGGACGAGAGGAUUAUGGGCACCACAGCAGGUCACCAAGACGCCCGUCAUACAGAGGAGGAUGUGACUAUUCGGCUCGUGAGGAAAGAAGAUCGAGGAGAGAUCAGUCUUACUCUCCCUACAACAGGAGGUACUCCCGCGGUUCAAGUGGGCGAUUUCUCUCUUCCUUGGCGAUUUCUGUUGCGAUUUCUUCUUGCAAUAUCGUUCUCACUUCAGAUGGCUUCGUCUUCUUCAUCGUCUUCGGCUCCUAGUUACGAAGAUAUUCAGGUUUCUUUUGUAUACGAUUUUAACGACAUUCAUCAUGCUCCCAAGAUCACAACAAAGUGUUAUCCGUUUCAAACCAUUCGCUCUCUUAAAAAGGCUCUAACAGAUGAAGAAUGGGCAUAUUUCAACAAAGAAUCACAGUUUCGACACAUUUUCCACCUUCAAUGUGAAGACACGUUAAAGAUGGUUCCGGUGUCUGUCCUUUUACAUCGCGCAUUAAAGCUUGAAGGAAACGUGAAAGAGUUGUGGUUUGUUCUUAACGGUGUACCCGUUAGAUACUCGAUCACCGAACAUGCCAUCAUCUCUGGUCUAAACUGCGAAAAGUAUCCCAAAGAUUGGGCUGAACGCAGAGGACACGUGUUUCGGAUGAAAAUAUUUGGACCUUCUAAGGUGACUAUAUCAGGAGCAUUGGAGAAGUUGCAUAACACUUCAACCACGGAUGUGGAGGACAGAAAACGGUUAGCAAUAUUGAUUUUGCUAGGCGGGGUAGUAGACCAUGGUAUAAAGGGCAAUGAUGUGAUUCCCAAUGCCUUAGUUGAUAUGGUUGAAAAUCUGGAAUUCUGUGAAGAGUUUCCCUGGGGGAGAUAUACCUUCGACAAGAUAGUCGAUCAAAUAUUGAAGAUGUAUGCAAGCGAUCCUGAACCGAAGAAUAGAUGGCACUGUCCUGGAUUUGUAAUACCCCUCAUGUUGCUUCCUUUUGAAUGUGUGGAAAGUUUAGGCGCAAACGGAUGGUAUAUGGAUGUGGAAGAUGUUGAUCCAUCAUGUCCUAGGAUGUGCAAGAAACGCAUCCAACCGGGUCUCUUUGUCACACAUUCAAACGUGAUGAAACGCAUCGGUGUAACCUCACGGGGAAUUCGAAGUAUUCUUCAAACAGAGGGGGAAGAAGUACAUAUUUUGUUUAAUCUACAUGAAGAUGAAAGUAAUCAUCCACUGAAUAUAACUCAUCAACAAGAUGUUUGUAUGUCAAAUCUGUCGGAGGAAAAAGGAAUAUCACGCCCUUGGCAUCUUUAA